GAAAAAGAAAAGCUCAGGAAGAAACAGGAAGAAGAAGAAAAGCUCAGGGAGAAAGAGGAAGAAGAAGAAAAGCUCAGGAAGAAAGCGGAAGAAAGAAAGACAGUUGAAAUGCUGUUGAACAUCCUGCAGGAUUUGACUGAUGAUGAGUUCAAACUUUUCAAAUGGUCCCUGGGAAAGAUGACGACAAUCUCACGGUGUGAACUGGACCCUGCCGACAGGCCUGAGACCGUGGACCUGAUGCUGUCAUGUGACAGGCAGGAGGCCGUCAACAGGACCAGAGAAUCUCUGGGGAAGAUCCCAAGGAACGACCUGGUGGAGCGUUUGACACAAGAAGAAGAAAACCUCAAGAAGAAACAGGAAGAAGAAAAGCUCAGGAAGAAACAGGAAGAAGAAAAGCUCAGGAAGAAACAGGAAGAAAGAAAGACAGCUGAAAUGCUGCACAACAUCCUGCAGGAUUUGACUGAUGAUGAGUUCAAACGUUUCAAAUGGUCCCUUCGAGACAUGUCAACAAUCCCAUGGUGUAAACUGGACAAAGCAGACAGGCCUGAGACCGUGGACCUGAUGCGGUCAUGUGACAGGCAGGAGGCCGUCAACAGGACCAGAGAAUCUCUGGGGGAGAUCCCAAGGAACGAUCUGGUGGAGCUUUUGACACAAGAAGAAGAAAAUCUCAGGAAGAAACCAGUAGAAGAAGAAAAGAUCAGGAAGAAACCAGCAGAAGAAGAAAAGAUCAGGAAGAAACCAGUAGAAGAAGAAGAAAAGAUCAGGAAGAAACCUGUGGAGGAAGAAGAAAAGAUCGGGAAGAAACCAGUAGAGGAAGAAGAAAAGCUCAGGAAGAAACAGGAAGAAGAAGAAGAAAAGCUCAGGAAGAAACAGAAGGAAGAAGAAAAACUCAGUAAGAAACAGGAAGAAGGAGAGAAGCACAGGAAGAAACAGGAAGAAGAAAAGUUCUGGAAGAAACCUAUAGAGAACGAAGAAAAGUUCAGGAAGAAACCAGUAGAGAACGAAGAAAAGCUCAGGACGAAAAAGGAAGAAGAAGAAAAGCUCAGGAAGAAACCAGUAGAGAACGAAGAAAAGCUCAGGAUGAAAAAGGAAGAAGAAGAAAAGCUCAGGGAGAAACAGGAAGAAGAUGAAAAGCUCAGGAAGAAACCAGUAGAAGAAGAAGAAAAGCUCGGGAAGAAACAGGAAGAAGAAGAAAAGCUCAGGAAGAAACAGGAAGAAGAAGAGAAGUUCAGGAAGAAACAGGAAGAAGAAAAGCUCAGGAAGAAACAGGAAGAAGGAGAGAAGCUCAGGAAGAUAAAGGAUGAUGAAGAAAAGCUCAGGAAGAAACCAGUAGAAGAAGAAGAAAAGAUCAGGAAGAAACCUGUGGAGGAAGAAGAAAAGAUCAGGAAGAAACCAGUAGAGGAAGAAGAAAAGCUCAGGAAGAAACAGGAAGAAGAAGAAGAAAAGCUCAGGAAGAAACAGAAGGAAGAAGAAAAACUCAGUAAGAAACAGGAAGAAGGAGAGAAGCACAGGAAGAAACAGGAAGAAAAAAAGUUCUGGAAGAAACCAGUAGAGAACGAAGAAAAGCUCAGGACGAAAAAGGAAGAAGAAGAAAAGCUCAGGGAGAAACAGGAAGAAGAUGAAAAGCUCAGGAAGAAACCAGUAGAAGAAGAAGAAAAGCUCGGGAAGAAACAGGAAGAAGAAGAAAAGCUCAGGAAGAAACAGGGAGAAGAAAAGCUCAGGAAGAAACAGGAAGAAGGAGAGAAGCUCAGGAAUAUAAAGGAUGAUGAAGAAAAGCUCAGGAAGAAACAGGAAGAAGACGAAAAGCUCAGGAAGCCAGUAGAAGAAGAAGAGCUCAGGAAGAAAUAGGAAGAAGAAGAAAAGCUCAGGAAGAAACAGGUGGACUGGUGCUGCACCACCAGUCCUCCCCUCCAUCUCACCACCAGUCCUCCGCUCCAGCCCACCACCAGUUCUCCUCCCAUCCAGCCCACUUCCAGUCCUCCCCUCCAGCCCACCACCAGUCCUCCCCUUCAUCUAACAACCAGUCCUCCCCUCCAGCCCACCACCAGUCUUCCCCUCCAUCUCACCACCAGUCCUCCCCUUCAUCUAACAACCAGUCUUCCCCUCCAGCCGACCACCAGUCCUCCCCUCCAUCUCACCACCAGUCCUCCCCUCCAGCCCACCACCAGUCCUCCCCUCCAUCUCACCACCAGUCCUCCCCUCCAGCCCACCACCAGUCCUCCCCUCCAUCUCACCACCAGUCCUCCCCUUCAUCUAACAACCAGUCCUCCCCUCCA